AUUUUUUAUUUUUUAUUUUUUAUUUUUUAUUUUUUAUUUUUUUAAUUAUUUUAUUCCCUUUUUUUGACCCUUUUGUCCAACAAGUGGAUUAUCGUCAACACGUGCUGAGGAUGACCGAUCAAUGGCUUCUCUCUUUCUUUGCUCAAUACGUGACUCAUUUUGCGCCCUGUGGAUUGACAUGCCCGAUUAGAAAUACGUAGAAGGGGGAUAUGAGCUAGGUAUUUAAUAUUUAAUAUUGAAUCGCCGGGGGUCUUUCAACAGGAUAUCCGUCGUUGUCAUAGCGUGCUGCAAGUAUACAUCAAACUAUCUCCACAGCUCGCCAUUACUAUUACCCAACGACAACCAUCACCCCAUCCCUACAUUCAAUUUAGAAUCUUUCUCUUGCAGCUGGCGUCUCCCUUCGUUUCUUUUUAUAUUCUUCUUUCUCUCCUCGCUGCAACCCAAUUCCUUCUGCUCAGUAAUCAUCUCUCCUCUUCACUAUCAGUCUGGGGUGCUGCGCAUGACGCGCUCUCCACGAUAUCCUGGAGCAUUUCUCUCUGUAUUAUCCCUUGCAUUGUGAAGUACAGCCGCAAUGACCUCAUUUGUCACUCGUAGCUCCAGCACGUUGGAGUCCUUGACGCAGUCGCGUCCGAAGGUCGACAUCGAGCUCUCCGGACAGACCGAAGGGCUUGUCAGUUCAUAUACCACCAAGGAUCGUAUUGAGGGGACGGCAGUGAUAACGGUAGACCGUGAUACUCGUUUUGAUGAGGUUGAAAUCACCUUCGAGGGUAAGGAAGCCCCAGACAAGACAGAUCACUCAAAGCCGCAGGGAGCCUUUACUCAUAUCUACAGGGACAUCGAGAACUUCCGUGGAGCGUGUAGCGAUGCCAGGACGUACAGGCGCUUACCAGACAUUCCUCCGACUUCGUCAACCGAUUGAGGAAUCUGCCUAUCCUAUGCCCCGUGUGCUGGAGGCCGGCCGCACUUACAAGUUUCCGUUCACAUUUGUCGUACCCGAUCGUCUGCUGCCACAUGUAUGUAGCCACACAAAGACGAACGCCCAUGUUGAACGCUCUCACACCCUGCUCCCACCUUCUCUCGCGGAUCCCAUGUUGGCCAAUGAUGGCAAGUCGCUCUUGAAUGACCUAGCCCCCGAUAUGUGCCGGAUAUCAUAUUUGAUCCGGGUUAGCGUGCAACGCAAGCCAGAGAAUGCCCCGUCCAAGGCCUUGGCUUCGGUAGGAAAGAAGGUGCGGAUCAUUCCGGCCGUCGAUGAAGAGCCCCCUUUGAACAUCACGGACGACGACAGCUACUGCAUUCGGAAGGAGAAAGAUGUCAAGCGCGGUUUCAUGAGAGGCAAGCUGGGCCGACUGGUUGUCGCCUCGUCACAACCCAAGCCUGUGCAACUGUGUCCGCCUAACAGUGAGGCCACUGAUUCGGUCAGUACCGCUGCGACAGUGCACCUACGAUUUGAUCCCGUGGGCAAGGAGGAACCUCCUCGCCUGGGCACGAUCUGGAGUAAGCUCCGAGCGUCCAGUCUGUUCAGUGCAGAACCCUGGGGUGAUUACCCUUCCCCCCGAAAUGUGCCCUGGGCACAGAUAGGUCAAGGAUGUUACACCGAGACCGUCCCCCUUUCUACCAUGUGCGUGGCGUCGGCACACUGGACGAAGCAUACCAACCCCCGGGGACUCAGUCGCUGCGACUCGAUGGAGUCAACAUCAUCCUCGGAGUCAUUAACCGGUCCAUCGGCGUCUUUUACCGGAGACACCUACUAUACCGCAUCAGUUGUCGUGCCCAUCACUCUUCCCAAGACGAGAGCAUUCGUCCCGACCUUCCACUCGUGUCUGAUCUCUCGUAUAUAUUGCCUCGAGCUCAGCAUCUCUUACCAUACGCCAAACGCCAAUAUCCUGACCCCAACGGCAACGCUAAAGAUCCCCAUCCAACUCACAAGCCGGUCUCGGUCCGAUGCAAAGACAAAGGGUCCUGAACAUGAGAUCACCCAGCAUGAAGUUAAUGCAGAAUUCUUCAGCCCCCGCAGCGUCGCACCCCCGACAGUGGUCGAGGUGGCGCCACCGGAGUACUCGGAGAAUCAAGGUCCAAUUCUGCCUCCUGAUCGUUCGAUCGAUUUGAUGUCUACUGCCCGUGUCCCCAGGGUUAAUGCUGGAGGUGUCGGGGCUGCUUGUUAAAAGUCUUCCCGCAUUCAGCAGCGAAUGCAGGGGGUUUCACGAGAUCUAAAAGUUCUGUGUUCCAUGGCGUUGAGAAGAUAUGUUUUGUCUGAAUAUACCCGGAUUGUUUUGUUGUAUGAAAUUCGCAUAGCAAUAGCGCAUAAGGGCGUUUUGGAUCGAGAGAUCCGGUUAUCUCCAGGGUCUGAAAUCAUGUUUGGGGUCUUUCGCACCGAGCCUAAUUUAAUUUAGAAUAAUUUAGUUUCA